GGAGUCCAUCAGCAACAACAGCUCAGCGCCACUACCACCACACGCCUGCACGACACAGCAGUCGUAUUCCUCCGACAAACAGCCUUCACCAGUUGAACCUCGGCGGCAAUUACAACGCACCCUCGGCAAUACAUACCUCGACAGGAGCAGUAGCACGUCAUCAUCACCGGCUCCCCGAAGAAGAAAUGGCUAAGAACACAAGACCGGCGUGCCGUCAUCCAGACUGUACCAAGCAGGCAAUAUUUGGUGCGCCGGGCAAGAAACCCGAGUUCUGCAGCCAUCACGUCCAGGACGACACUAUGGUCGACAGAAAGAACCCCAGGUGCGGUCACCAAGGGUGCGGCAAGGUGGCGUCGUUCGGCGUGGCGGGCAGCACGAAACGCGAGUUCUGCGGCCGGCACGCUCCCCGCUCUACCAUGGUGAACCUCGUCAACGUUUCGAGGUGUGGUCACCCGGGCUGUGGCAAGUACCCGUCGUACGGCGUCGAAGGUAGCAAACAGGCUCAGUUCUGCUCGGCGCACGCGCCUGAAGGGAUGACUAACGUUCGUUCGAAGAGAUGCAGCCAUCAAGGCUGCACCAAGCAGCCGUCGUACGGCGCCCGGGGAACAAAUAAGGCAGAGUUCUGCCUUCUUCACGCUUCCCCGGGGAUGGUCGACGUGUCCAGCAGGAAGUGCAGUCAACCAGGGUGCACAAAGCAUCCGUCAUUUGGUGUAGACGGUGACAACAGAGCCAGGUUCUGCCUCAAUCACGCUUCGCCGGGGAUGGUCAACGUCGUUCGCAGGCGAUGCAAGACCCAAGGAUGCAUGGCGAAACCGUCGCAUGGGGCCGAAAGCACCAAACGGGGUGAAUUCUGCCGCCGGCACGCGCCGCCGGGUAUGGUCAACGUUGUUUCCAGACGAUGCGAGCACUCCGGGUGCUCCACUCUCGCCUCGUUCGGCACCGAGGGUAGCAAAACGCCUCGGUUCUGCAAGCGGCACGCGCCGCAGGGGACAUUCAACGUGUCCAAGAAUAGGUGCAGGCACCAAGACUGUUGGAAAGAAGCGUCGUAUGGCGAGCCAGGGAACAGCCUCAGGGUCUUCUGCGCUCUCCACCGUACAGCCGGCUCGGUGGUUUUGAAAACGUUGAAGAAGAGGGCCGGCGGGUGUAAGCGUGGGAGCUCGGCAGGGAACGGCGAAAUUAAGCUAGAGCAAGGUGCCAUCCUUUCAGCCGACGACCCCGCUGCGGUAGCGGAACCCUUCGUGGGCUUCGUCACAAAACGAAGGAGACUGAACGGACUCGCCGCAAGUUUGGCUCCAGGCGAGACAAGAGCAGCGGGAGAAGGAGGGGUUGAGCGGCAGCAGCCCAGAAUCUCCGAGCAACGCAUACCGGCGGACUCUCCUCCGACAAACACCACGAUUCGUCACACCAGUGACUACACCCGAGGGUGUGAAUGUGAACGUGAUCAGGGGAUUUACCGACGAAUGCUUGUGAGGAUGACGCUGCUCGCCCCCGAGCCGAUCGACUUCGACGACACCUGGGUUCUCCUGGAGUCGUCUCUCAUCACGAUUCUCCAGGACCCGGGGCAGGGAUUCCCCAAUGACCUCUGGAUAUCUCUGUACACCGGCGUGUACAAGCUGUGCACCAAGCCCAUGGAUCCUCAACACAGUAAACUUUACGCCCGACUAAAGGUGGCGGGUGUCGCCUGCGUUGAAAUUUCCUCCGUCGAAGCUGCGACCCGUGUACAUUCACCCAAGAACAGAGGCCUAUGGCUACCCACCGUGCAGCGGUAACGCCGCGACGGCAAAUGGCGACCCAUAAGCAGUACGAGCAGUGGGCUAACAACAGCGUUCGAUCCCCCACCACGCCAGAAGUUCGCGUACAACAAGCGCCAUACACCCUGCGUGUAGCUCCACUGCUGUAGGCCUUGACACAACCGAACGCCAUACUUCACGUAGAUCCACCUUACACAUACACAAUAAAGCGUAUGUUUCUACCCCGCACCGCCCCCCCCCCCGUUCUAGACUUAAGUGGAUUGGCGCUGUUGGCAAAGCGCUGUAAAACACGCCACCCCAAAUAUAGCCUCCAUAGUAUGCGCUACCAAAGACGCGUGACGCAUGGACGAGUGGAGUGAGUAUAGCUGUUUACGGAAACCUCACAGGUCGAGUAAUGUAGGAGAUUGCCGGACACAUAGACGUGUUGAGUGAUUAUAGCUGUAUACUGAAACCUCAAGAGUUGGNCACGCCACCCCAAAUAUAGCCUCCAUAGUAUGCGCUACCAAAGACGCGUGACGCAUGGACGAGUGGAGUGAGUAUAGCUGUUUACGGAAACCUCACAGGUCGAGUAAUGUAGGAGAUUGCCGGACACAUAGACGUGUUGAGUGAUUAUAGCUGUAUACUGAAACCUCAAGAGUUGGGUGAGGUUUGAGAUUGCCAGACACAUGGACGGGUUAAGUGGGGAUAGCUGCAUACUGAAACCUCACAGAUGCACUGGUUUUUGUGUUUGCCAGACACAUAGACGCGUUGAGUAGGGAUAGCUGCAUACUGAAACCUCACAGAUGGAUUGGUUUUUGUGUUUGCCAGACACAUAGACGCGCUGAGUGGCGAUAGCUACAUACUGAAACCUCACGAGUUGAGUGAUGUUGGAUAGUGCCAGACACGUUGACGCUUUGAGUGAGGAACGACAGAUACUGAGACCUCACGGGUUGAUUUGUAUUGGAGAUUGCCGGACACAUAGACGCGUUGAGUGGGGAUAGCUGUAUACUGAAAAUCCACCG